GUGGUAUAUGUAAUAUAUGUAAUUGAUUCAUACAAAAGUAGUGUGGUAUAUGUAAUAUAUGGAAUUGCAGUACUGUAGCAAUGUAAUUGAUUCAUACAAAAAUAAAGGAAAGUAAUUGAUUCAUACAAAAAUGUUCUAAAUUGAAAACAAAGCUGAUGAUCCAUGAUCACAUAAUUUCUAGAUGCUACCCUGAGGGUAGUAUCCAUGAUCACAUAAUUUCUAGUUUGAACUAUUAGCAGUAGGUAUUAGGAGUAUGGUUAUACAUCAUAUUGCUCAGUAGGUAUUAGGGAUGUAAUUCUUCAUUUGUUUAGAGGUAAUGUAACUUUGUGGGUAAUGUAACUUGCUUUUUUUUUUAUCUUGUCUAGUUAGGAGCAUGGUUAUGCAUCAUACUCAUAGUUUAUUGCUAUUUGAUCUUGUCUUUGUGGGUAAUAUAACUUUAGUCAUGCUAUGUAUGUUAUUGCUUUGUGUGUUUAUAAAGCAAGCAUUUUGUUGACUUUAUUGUUUAUAGAUAACAAGAAUAGAAAUUGAUGAAAGAAGAAAACGAAUUGCAGCUGCUUUGACUUUAUUCUUGAAGAUGUAUACUAUCGUUAGUAGUUUUUUACUUUUGAUGGCAUCAACUGUAUCCCGACCAAGAAUUAAUAGGCGUUAUUCUCUUGAUUUGGAAACAAGAGUAUGUGAGACGAAUUGUAUAUGACAAUGAUGAGUCAUGCAUUUCACUACUUAGGAUGAAUAGAGAAGCCUUUUUCAAACUAUGUGGAAUGUUAGAAAGUAUAGGAGGACUUAAACCAACAAAAAACAUGCUUGUUGACGAACAAGUAGCAAUAUUUUUGCAUAUUCUUGCCCACCAUGUUAAAAACUGAGUUAUUAGACAAAAUUUUAGAAGAUCGGGUGAGAGCAUCAGCCGAAGAUCGGUUGUAUGAUUGACCUACAUAGUUUAGGAACAAAGAAUGCGGAUACUGGAUUCAAAGGGGGGUAUUUGAAUGAGCUGGAGAGGAUGCUAAAAGCUAAAUUACCGACUACAGACAUAAAAGCUAAACCUCAUAUUGAGUCAAGGAUAAGGACUUUGAAAAAAGAUUGGAGCGUAGUACAUGAUCUUUUCACUAGUAAUAACAGUAGCUUUGGAUGGGAUGACGAAAGAAAGAUGGUCACGGCUGAAGACUUGUGUGUGGGAUUCUUAUAUAAGUACUCACAAAGAAGCUGCUCAGUUCAUAAGGAAAACUUUUCCUUUCUAUCAUGAAUUCAGUUCUAUCUAUGCAAAAGGUCGUGCAACAGGGAGGGAUGCACAAACUAGAAAAGAUAUUAUUGAAGAAAUGACUAAUGAGGAAGGCAUUGGUGGGAUCAAUCUAGCUAGUGAAGAUGAAGAUGUUGGUGAUGAAGAUAUGCCAGAUCUAAAUUUUAGAUUUACCCAAGCUCAAUCUUCAUCAGGUAAUAGGGCACGAAGUGAAGCAAAUUCAGAUUCAUUAUCUAGUGGUGGAAGAAGGAAGAGAAAGAUUAGUGAUAGAGAUGAACCAAUUACUUCACAAUCCUUUCAUAAUGCGGCAAUGAUGUUGAGUGAAACAUUGGUAAUGGUUGGUGAUAAACUUAGCAAGAGCAUUGGAACUGAAUUAACUCUUCAAGAAAAAGUGUAACAGUUAGAUAAAGAGUUAAUUCAGAUUGAUGGAUUAUCAAAUGAAGAAUAUUUGAUGGCUUUGAUUAAACUUCCUGACCGUCCAAAUCAGAUGCUUGUGUUUUUUAGCAUUCCACCGGAGCGAAGAUUAGAAUGGGUGAGGGCUUUUCUUGCUACACAUUGACUAUGUUGGCUGCAUGUUGACUUUGUUCGUGAAUGUGAAUGUUGUACUAUUAAUUAGUAUGUUAUGAUGGUUUUUGUACAUUUUAUUAACCAUGUGGUAUUGUAAUAUUUGUAAUAUUUUAUAAUUUUUUUUGGAUGUAAGCUUUUAAUAAGCUAACAUUUUAUUAAGUAUAUGUUAGUGUAAUAUUUGUAAUGUUUUAAUCA